CCAAAACCUCGACCAGCCUGUCAUGCGCAUGCAGCGACAAUAGAUUCACCAGACUUCGAUUCAAUCGCUUCCUCCCCCCUCACCUCACGCCAAUCGCUAGCGCCCAGUUUCGCUGGUGAUUCCGCCAUCCGCCGCCCAGAAUGCAGGACUUCGAACCCAUCCUCGCCCCGGCCAAGCCGAAGCAGAAGAAGCUUCCCUUCGGCUGGCCGCCAGCCCUCAAGCUCUCGACUCUCAACCCAGUACCUCAGCGCCGGCGGUUGCGUAGGAAAUCCACAGCUUCGCAGGAUAAUGUUGCCGCCCUCAAGACCUCGUUCGACGUGUGGGAGAGCAUAAAAACUCUGCAAACAAGGAAAUGGAAGAUCUACGACAUCCAGCAUGUUGUCUGUCUUGGCUUCAUCCUCUUCUCGCUGUUCAUCUUGCCCUCGGCACCCAUCAUCAAGACGGCCGUCCUGCUCGCUCUCGGCGGCCUGCUUCUGAUGCCCAUCACCCAGCAAUUCUUCUUGCCCUCGCUUCCCAUCUGGACGUACUUGCUGUACUUCUUUGCCAGCCGAUUCAUUGCCCCUGAGUACCGUCCUCACAUCUGGGUCAAGGUCCUCCCUGCGCUCGAGAACGUUCUCUACGGAGCCAACUUGUCCAACAUUCUCUCGGCCCACAGCCACCCUGUCCUCGAUUUGCUCGCCUGGUUCCCUUAUGGAAUCGGCCACUUUGCGCUCCCGGCCAUCUGCAGCGCUAUCCUCUUCCUUUUUGCCGCGCCCGGCAGCACCCCCGUCUUUGCUCGGGCCUUCGGCUACAUGUGCAUGCUCGCCGUCACCAUCCAGCUGAUUUUCCCCUGCACGCCUCCAUGGUACGAGAAGGCGCACGGCUUGGAGCCGGCUCACUACGGCAUGGAGGGUUCCCCCGCCGGUCUGGCCCGCAUCGACAAGCUCUUUGGCGUCGACAUGUACACCACCAGCUUCACCACCGCGCCCUUGCCGUUCGGUGCCUUCCCCAGCUUGCACGGUGCCAACGCCGUCCUUGAGGCCCUGUUCAUGCAGUACUACUUCCCCAAGUUCAAGUACUUCUUCAUCUUCUAUGUUGGCUGGAUCUGGUGGGCCACCAUGUACCUCAACCACCACUAUGCCGUCGAUCUCGUUGGUGGUGGUCUCAUGGCUGCUAUCGCCUACUACAUCUCUCGCGUCAGGUGGCUUCCUCGCCCCCAGCUCGAGAAGCGCACCCGCUGGGAGUACGAGUAUGUCGAGUUCGGUGACCGCCCCAAGACCUACGAUGAGGAGUACGGCAGCGCCAGCGCCUACGGCCUUGGUCUUCUCGAGAGACGCACCGCCAGCGACAGCGACGAGUGGACCCUUGGCAGCAGCUCCAGCCUCGACUCCCUGAGCCGCGGCGACACCGUAUGCGGCAGCAGCAGCAGCACUCCCGAUAUCCUAAGCCCCACCACGCCAAAUGACGAUUUCAAGCAUGUCGUGCUUGGUUUGACGCCCCAGGGUGAUAUCUGGAACGGAGGCAGGCUUGCCCGCGAGAGCGAGCUGAGCGAUGUUGUUGUCUUGAGCUGAAUGAAGAAGCUUCAAACACACGUCCUAGCUUAGCACUCGUAGGCUAACCUCGUGGCUCCCGCUUAUCAUGGCACUCGUCACCUUCAUCCGGAUGUUGCUAUGGGUGAGCCAGCGAGUUUUCGGAAGCCACCAAGCACACUACACCCGCUUCGACCCAACUCGCGCCUUUGCGGACGCAUAGGGUCAAAGUCAGGGCAGUGCACGCCACGCUUCCGAAUCCCUCCCGUUUCCAUUUCCCCUCUUCACCGAAUCUCACUCUCCACACGACAGAACGCGUAGUCUGUCGCUGUACGUUGUAAUGACCCCCAAAUUUUCGAGACUCUCGUUCAACCAUACACACCCUUUUUACAUAAUCUUACUCUUAUACCAUUUUACGACAUUGGCGUUUUUGUUGGGGCACUCACGGCGGGCAAACUAUUUCAAGUUAUUUUACACCCUUGGAUUGUCUUUUUUCACAAUCUUAUGAUCCACAGAGGCGCACGCGCAGAUUAAAGCGGUUUUUUCUCAUAAAGCGGUUUUAAAGCGUAUUAGAACAACAAACCGGCGAUACCCCACACCACAUUUCUCUCGCUCAUAUAUAUAUAUAUAUAUAUAUAUAUA